AUGAGUUCCACCCCGCCCGCUCCCCUUCUCGGACCCGACAAGGCCCCGUCCGCCCGGUCCAACUCGUCCGGCGAGCUCGACUUUGACAAGCUCAACAACACGGCGACGCUCAAGCACCUUAGCCAGUCGCGUCUCGAGGUUGACGAAUCGGUCGUCCGCGCCGAAGGAGAGGAGCGCACCACCUUCUUCGUCUGGUGGCUCGUAAUUGCUGCCGCGACAGGCGGUCUCCUCUUCGGUUACGACACCGGUGUCAUCGGCGGCGCCCUCGUUCACAAGGAUGUCGCUUCCGACUUGCACCGCGUCCCGCUCGGCAGCUUCGACAAGGAGCUGCUUACUUCCGCUACCACCCUCGGCGCCUUGAUUGCCGGCUUCUCGUCUGGCGUUCUCGCGGACAUUAUCGGCCGCAAGAUCGUCAUCGGUCUGGCAGACGCGAUCUUUAUCAUUGGUGCCGUCCUUCAAGCCGUCUCUUACGGUGCAAACGCGUACUGGAUCAUGGCGGUCGGACGCCUGAUCAUCGGUUUCGGUGUCGGUCUCGCCUCGCUCGUCGUCCCGCUCUACAUCGGCGAGCUCUCGCCCACAUCGCUUCGCGGCCGCCUCGUCACGCUCAACGUGGUCGCCAUCACCGGCGGCCAGGUCAUCGCCUACUGCCUCAACCUCGCCUUCCAGAACGUCACGCACGGCUGGCGAUUCAUGGUCGGCCUCGGCGCCAUCCCUCCCGCACUCCAGCUUCUCAUGCUCAUCUACCUUCCCGAAUCGCCUCGCUUCCUCCUCCGCCACGACAAGCUUGAGGCGACUAUUAACAUCCUCCGCAAGAUCUACCCCUAUGCAACCGAGGAGCAGCUGCACCUCAAGGCCGAUGUCAUCACCAAGAGCGUCAAAGAGAAUAUGGGACACCGUGCGACGUUCGUGCAGACCUGGAAGCGCCUGCAUCUCAACGGGCCGAACUUCCGCGCGCUUGUCGUCGCAUGCGGUCUCCAAGGCAUCCAGCAGCUCUGCGGUUUCAACACGCUUAUGUACUACGCCCCGACUCUCUUCCAGAGCGUCGGCUUCCACAACUCGCUCGUCAUCGGCCUUGUCAUCUCGAUUGUCAACCUGGUCUUCACCAUCGUCGCCCUCUUCAUCAUCGACCGCGCCGGCAGGCGCAGGAUCGCCUGCUCGACCGUCCCGGGCAUGUGCGGCGCGCUGAUCCUCGCCGCGGUCGCCUUCCACUUCCUCACUAUCCACACCGGCGGCAAGUUGCCCGACAACGGUGCCGGUCUCAACGAUAAUUGGUCGCCUGUGGUCCUUACGGCGAUGCUCGUCUACGUCGCCUUCUACGCGACGGGCAUCGGCAACAUCCCCUGGCAGCAGGGCGAGCUGUUCGAGAUGGAUGUUCGCGGCAUGGGCACGGCACUCUCGACCACCUGCAACUGGGGCGGCAACCUCAUCAUCGGUUCGACCUUCCUCUCGCUCAUCGACCGCAUCACAGCCGCCGGCGCAUUCGGCUUCUACGCCGGAUUGUGCUUCCUCGGCUCGAUCUUUGUCUUCUUCCUCUACCCCGAGACGUCCGGCCUCUCGCUCGAAGAGACGCGCGAAGUCUUCCUCACCGGCUUCGGCAUCCGCAAGGCCAACCGCAUGCGCAAGCAGAAGAUGGCCGCGCUCGCGCAGGUCCGCGACGCAGACGACGACGCGACUGUCUAA